AUGGAGGAAUUAGAAACAGAAGAAUAUUUAAGUGAAUGUAAAGCUGAAGAAGCAAAGGAAAAACUUAAAGAAUAUGCAGAAAAAGAUGGAUUAGACGUGAAUACUCUUAUUCUUAGCCGGGUCAAUGGAGGAUUAACAUAUAAUGAUAUAAUUAUUCUUCCGGGAUAUAUUGAUUUUGAUGCAAGCUCAGUAUCUCUUGAAAGUCGUAUUACGAGAAAUAUAGUUAUAAAAACGCCAUUUAUGAGUUCUCCAAUGGAUACUGUUACUGAAUCGGAUAUGGCGAUUAACAUGGCACUCCUAGGGGGCAUUGGAGUUAUUCACCAUAAUUGUACAAUAGAAGAACAGACGGAAAUGGUUAGAAAAGUUAAAAAAUUUGAAAAUGGAUUUAUAACAUCACCUAUUGUAUUGUCACCAAACCACAGAGUGGUUGAUGUUCGUAAAAUAAAAGAAGAGCUUGGAUUUAGUGGGAUUCCAAUAACAGAUACAGGAAAACUCAACGGGAAGCUUUUGGGGAUUGUUACGUUUAGAGAUAUUCAGUUUCAUGUUAACGAUUCUUCAUUACUUUCGGAAGUCAUGACAAAAGAUUUAGUAACAGGAUCAGAGGGUAUUACCCUUGAAGAGGCAAAUGAAAUCCUCCGUUCUUCUAAAAAAGGGAAAUUGCCUAUAGUUGAUAAGAAUGGGAAUCUUACAGCUCUUCUUUCUCGCUCUGAUUUAAUGAAAAAUCUUCAUUUCCCAUUAUCAUCUAAAUUACCCGACUCUAAACAAUUAAUUUGUGCAGCAGCAGUUGGAACACGACCUGAAGAUAGAAUUAGAUUAAAAUAUUUAGUUGACGCGGGAUUAGACAUUGUUGUUCUAGAUUCAAGUCAGGGGAAUUCUAUCUAUCAAAUUAAUAUGAUUAAAUGGAUAAAAAAGGAAUUUCCUGGUUUAGAAAUUAUAGCUGGAAACGUUGUAACUAGAGAACAAGCUGCUAAUUUAAUAUCAGCUGGAGCAGACGCAUUGCGAAUAGGUAUGGGAUCAGGUUCAAUUUGUAUAACACAAGAAGUAAUGGCAGUUGGGCGGCCUCAAGCAACAGCUGUUUAUGCUGUAUCAGAAUUUGCAUCUAAAUUCGGAGUACCAACUAUUGCAGAUGGAGGAAUCGAAAACAUUGGUCAUAUAACAAAAGCACUAGCAUUAGGAGCAUCUGCUGUUAUGAUGGGCAAUCUUUUAGCUGGAACAGCAGAAUCUCCUGGUCAAUAUUAUUACAGAGAUGGUCAACGUUUAAAAUCAUAUCGUGGAAUGGGCUCCAUUGAUGCUAUGGAACAUUUAUCGGGAAAAGGCAAAGGAGAAAAUGCCGCAUCUAGUCGUUAUUUUGGUGAAACAGAUACUAUUCGUGUUGCCCAAGGUGUUUCAGGAAGUGUUGUGGAUAAAGGAUCAUUACAUGUAUAUCUUCCUUAUUUACGAACCGGGCUUCAACAUUCAUUACAAGAUAUCGGUGUACGAAAUUUAACGGAACUAAGAAGACAGGUACGGAAAAAAAAUGUACGUUUUGAGCUUCGGACUGUUGCAAGUCAAUUAGAAGGGAAUGUCCACGGGCUGCAUUCUUAUAAAAAGAAACUCUGGAGUUGA